UCCCUGGACCGGACAAUUACCAGGCUGUCCUCAAAGCCGAGAAUUUUCGUUUAUCAAAGUCCAAGUUAAUCAUCUUCCCGAGCCUUACGAUCCACAUAAACAAUGAAAGUCAAUUCCUUCGUUGGCUUUAGUUAUCACACACGUUGUUCAAUACAAAUCUGUAUGAUUUUAAAACUAUAAAUUUGUAGAGUACAGCUUAUAAGAAAUACCCAAUAUAAUGGAUUGUCUGCAUUCUAAACAAGUUUACAGUCAAAAAGAUCUUGACUUGUAAACCCACCUAACAAUUAAGAUCAGGUGAUCUUUAAGGAUAUGGAUCUGUCUGUGCCUAUUCAUUUUAUGUACAGUGUUAUUUGUGAAUCUUAAAAAAUUGAGAAAAUGGAAAUUUCAAUGACCACCACAAACCAGCAGGGCGCUGCACAGUUUGAAACACAAGAACAAAAUGAAGAAAUUAUCCAGAUGGAGACUCCUCCUUUUCAGCAGAAAAUUUACAUUGCUGUUGGAAAAGAUCUGUGUGAGAGCAUGAAUGCACUCAAAUGGGCGCUGGAAAAUUUGGAUUGUAGGCAAGAAGUUUUAGUAUUUCUUCUUCAUAUCCAGCGUCCACUGCGCCAAAUACCAUCAGCCAUUGGGAAAAUUCCUGUGGACCAGGUGAGGGAGGAUAUCGUGAAGGGCUACAGGAAGGAUGUAGAGAAGGAACUCAAUGGUUGCCUCAAGAAAUACCUUGAUAUUUGCACCAAAGCCAAGGUGAAAGCAGAGACUUUGGUAGUUGAGAAGAAUGGCGUUAAAACAGGAAUUGUUGAAGCUGUUUCAGAGUUCGCUAUUACCAGGCUUAUCAUGGGAACAUCAUCAGCUAGUGGCAGCAUAUCCAGGAGGAUGAAGAUGGUAGCACCGGGUAAAGCAGAAUAUGUCCGAAGUCAUGUCAUGGAGUCCUGCGACGUGUGGAUUGUGUGCAAAGAUAAACUCGUAUCACAUAAUGCAGCUCAGAUUUUGAAGAGCCAUAUAAGUCGUUGUCCAGAAAAUUUUGGCAGAGUGGUUGGAUCGCUGCCAGACAUCCGAUUGGAUCUGGACAUCUGCAAUCGAAGUAAUUCGAUUUUUCCGGUCACUAGAUAUUCAACGCCUUCUUCAGGGGAAGAAUUGAACGGCUCGAGGAUAAUUGUUGCGACGAAUGAAGUUUCUUCUGAAUCGGAAGCGGCAGACAGUCCUGAGUUUAACGUUGAUGAGGGCUUCUCUCGUAGAACUUUCCAGCUGGCGCAUCAAGGAUCUCAAGAUGCUGAAGCCUUGAAAAAUUACCUGAGAGAUACUUUGGAAGUGAGCCAGAAAGCGAAAGCAGAAGGCCGAAGGGAGACCGGAAAAUGCAAGAAAGCAGAAGCGGCUGCCAUUAAUGCUAAUCACAGAUUUACAGCCCUUGAACCUGUUUCAGAAAACAGAGUGGAAGUGAAAGAAGAGGAAAAUGUACACUUUCAAGACUCUGCUGUUCAUUCGGGGCCGCGGAUCGAACCCCUGACCUCCGUUUUGUCCUCCUCGUCAAAUAAUCUUGAAUUUAGCGAAUACUCUUUCGACGAUCUCAAAGCCGCGACAUGUAAUUUCUCUGAGCAUUUUAAACUCGGAGAAGGAGCCUCUGCUACCGUUUACAAAGGUGAAAUAAGACAAACAACUGUUGCAGUCAAAAUUCUCAAGAAACGCAGUUUAAAUAGCCAGCGAGAGUUCCACCGGGAGAUCGAUAUUUUAAGAGACAUACGGCAUCCUCACUUGGUGAGGGCUGUGGGAGCCUGUUUCGAGCGAGGCUGUGUAAUCUAUGAGUAUAUGUCCAACGGAAGCCUGGCAGAUCAUCUAAGCUGCAAAAAUACGGCUCCGCCACUCCCCUGGCACGCCAGAGUUCGCAUCGCCGCCGAAGUCUUCUCUGCAUUACAAUAUCUGCACAGUUUAAAGCCACAUCCAGUCAUCCAUGGCGAUCUUAAGCCCGAAAAUAUACUGCUUGACGAAAAUUUUGUAAGCAAAAUAAGCGACUUUGGCCUAGCUUGUCCUCUGCCACACGAUUUACCCUCACAGUUGGAGCCAAAAGGCAGAUUUUCCUACAGGGAUCCUGAAUACCAGACAAGCGCCGAAUACUGUACCAAAUCCGACGUUUACAGCCUGGGAAUCGUCAUUCUUCGGCUUCUGACAGGGAAACGGGCGCUCGGACUCAGAGAGGAUGUGGAAUGUGCGCUUCAAGGUGGAAAACUGGGGCUGGUUUUGGAUCCUUCAGCCGGUGAUUGGCCAUUUCUGCAGGCUACUCAACUGGCUUAUCUUGCCUUACAAUGCACGGAUCCGGUCAGAAAGAAGCGGCCCGACCUUCAACCGACUGUGAUGAAAAUUCUUGAUCGGCUUCGAGAAGUGGCCGUCCCUGCGCCGAACCCUACCAAGCCCGUCGAACAUGAUCAAAUGAGAUCAUUGAGGAUCCUAUCGGUGCCGCAAACGCCAUUACAUUCGAAAGGGAGGCGAUACAAGGGUAGUCCGAUUGCGGAAAAGACAUAUCAUCUAUGGCAAAUAACUUAGAAGAAGAAUCUGAUUGUUAUUUUCUCUUCUGACAUCAGCCAUUGGACAGUCUCAAGAAAGAGACAAUCUUUUGUAAAUCCAAAAAUAUUGUAACCCAUUGUUUUGAAAAUGUAGAUUCAUUACAGAGGGCCUGGAAUGUAUCCGCACGGUCUCGUACACAGUUAAUUUUUUGAAAUAGAAAGUGAAAAUGGAAAUGUUAACGGCCGUGAGUUCAAUAAAAAUAUUCAAAGCUUGUUUA